AUGUUCAUAUGUUCCAGUGGGCCGCGUCUUGGAGCGCGGCCCACUCCCCUGCGCGAUCCAGGGGCCCACAACUUCAACCCAGGCGCAGGUUGGAGCUCGCUGCCCGAACAGCUGCCCGAUCCUUUUCCCUAUCGAGCUGAACUCGACUUGCCUGUCCCGCAGCGGCGCAACUGCGCUCCAACUCCCACCAAAAAGGAGCACCGUGGACCAUCACGCCUCAAGCCACCUCUGGGCUUCCCGGGACCGAUCCCCGCUCCCUGCUCCCGUGUGUGGAAAGACUGGAGUGUGUGCGCGCCCGCUCUCUGUGUGUGUGUCUUGAGGAGGUGGAUCUCUGGAGGUAGAUGCAGAUGUUCUCUGAGACUCGAUGGAAAAACUGCUGUUGUGACCGGAGCCAACGGAGGAAUCGGGAAAGAGACGAGCAGAGAGUUCGCCAAGAGAGGCGCACGCGUCAUCAUGGCGUGCCGUGACAUCAUCCGUGGCGAGGCGGCAGCGCAGGAGAUCCGGUCGAGCACCGGGAACGGAGACGUGGAGGUGAAACAUCUGGACCUGAGCUCUCUGCUCUCAGUGAGGAGCUUCUGUGAGGAGGUGCUGAGGACGGAGGAGAGUCUGCACCUCCUGGUCAACAACGCAGGGGUCAUGAUGUGUCCAAAGUGGUUGACGGAGGACGGGUUUGAGAUGCAGAUUGCUGUCAAUCAUCUGGGCCACUUUCUGUUGACCAAUCAGCUGCUGCCGUUGCUCAGAAGCUCCGCCCCCAGCCGCAUCAUCAACGUGUCCUCGAUCGCCCACAAAGGAGGGGAGGUGGAUGUGGACGACCUGUUCUUCAGCAGAAGGAGUUACUCUCCUCUGAAGAGCUACAGACAGAGCAAACUGGCAAAUGUUCUGUUCACAAGAGAACUGAGCAGGAGGGAGAGGGGCUCGGGUGUGUCUUGCUUCUGUCUUCACCCCGGUGUGAUCAGGACAGAGCUCGGGCGCCAUGUUGAAUCGUCGUUCCCGCUCCUCGCGCUGCUGCUGAGUUUUCCCGCGCUGCUGUUCAUGAAGACGCCACACGAGGGCAGUCAAACCACAGUGUACUGCGCCGUGACGCCAGGACUGGAGAGCAAGAGCGGGAAGUACUUCAGUGAUUGUGCAGAGAAGGAGACAGCAGCUGAAGGACGAGACGAUGAAACGGCUUUAAAACUGUGGAACGAGAGCUGUCGCCUGGUGGGACUGGACCAGGACUGA